AUGCCAGUUGAAGGCAAUAAUUUGACCAGGAAGAAUGUAACCCCAGGGUCAAAGCUGGAGAAUAUCCAAGGAAUGGUAUCUCCUAGAUUCAAGGAAGCUGCUGUAGAAGAAUGUCAUGCAAGCUAUAUUGCGCAGUGGAAUUGGCAAUGCAUCACUUUCUUGUACAUCCACAUUGUGAGAGACAGCAUGGAAACACUGGGUAUCUCUGCUGCUAUUUCAAUUCUGAGUCUGACAAUGUAUUUUGAACAGUUGGUGAUUAUAGGACUUCUAUUAAUCUUAAGCAUUGCUCAUUUUAUUAAUGCUGAAGGAAAAGAUAGUGAAAUACUUCCUCCAACAAUUCAUAAGCUAAUGAAAGGAUACAACAAAUAUCUACGUCCCUUCUUUGACAAUGGGCCUGUGACAGUGGGGAUGAGUCUGGAUAUCGCCAGCAUUGACACAAUAUCUGAAAUUAACAUGGAUUACACAGCUACAAUAUUUUUAAGACAACGAUGGACAGAUGAACGACUUUGCUUUGAAGGCAACAAGAGUUUAAGUUUAGAUGGUCGGCUUGUAGAGUUGCUUUGGGUACCAGACACCUUUAUAGUGGAUUCAAAAAAAUCCUUUCUUCAUGAUAUCACUGUUGAAAAUCGACUAAUAAGAAUUUACCCGAAUGGAACAGUGUUAUAUGCAUUAAGGAUAACUACAACGGUUGCAUGCAGCAUGGAUUUGACAAAGUAUCCGAUGGACAAACAGACGUGCACUUUACAACUUGAAAGCUGGGGUUAUAACAUCAAUGAUGUCAUGUUUUACUGGACAAGGGGAAAUGACUCAGUUCGAGGACUGAAUACACUUCGCCUGGCACAAUACACAGUUGAGGAUUAUUACACAUCUGUAUCUGAAGCAGUAUAUGAAACAGGUCGCUACCCAAAACUAAUAUUUCACUUUGAUCUUAAGAGAAAUAUAUUGUAUUUCAUUCUUGAGACAUAUGUGCCAUCAAUUCUUCUAGUUGUCCUUUCAUGGGUGUCCUUUUGGAUCAGUCAGUCAUCAGUACCUGCACGAAUAUGCAUAGGUGUGACAACAGUCCUCACGAUGACAACACUCAUGAUGGGAGCUAGAACUUCUCUUCCAAAUGCAAACUGCUUCAUAAAGGCAAUUGAUGUUUACCUUGGCAUUUGUUUCAGCUUUAUAUUUGGAGCUUUACUGGAAUAUGCGAUUGCACAUUUUUGUACUCUUCAUCGAACAGAUCAAAAGGAUCAUAGAAAGAAUGAUCUAAUGGAAGAUGACAGUGAUAUGAAUGGGACCAUUGUAGCUGUUUCCAGACCUGAAAAGAACAACACAGAAGCCGAUAGUAAAAAACAGAAAGAAAAAAACAAGCAUCAUGGUCUUGGAAUGUCGAUUAUGAGAAGAAUACUUUGUGUGUUUUAUUGUUUUCAGGUUGAAAAUCCUCAUCACAUAGACAAUUACUCAAGGCUGUCUUUUCCGUUAUCAUUCAUGAUUGUCAAUUUACUUUACUGGGUGUAUUAUUUGUAUUUUUAAUAGAUUUUGACAACAAAAUAUAAUUAUUUAAUUGUUUCAAAGAAAAUACAAACUAUUAACAAA